AUGGCACCUCCGCGGCGAAAUCUACUGGCCAAAGAGCGCUUCAGUUUCGCCUUCGGCUCACUCCGAACACAAAGCUAUCAUGAUCCCGCUGCCAAGGGACCUGGGACGCAUACGAUACGCUCAAUUGCAUGGAACCCAACAGGCCAGCUGAUCGCUACGGGGUCCCAAGACCGCACCCUUCGAAUCUGGAACCCGGAACGCUCGCAGGCGCGAUAUUCUACGGAACUGCGCGGCCAUAACGCAGGAAUCGAAAAGGUCCUCUUCAACCCGGCCAGGGACUCAGAGCUAGCUAGCUGUUCCGGAGAUGGCACCGUACGGAUCUGGGACGUACGCUCUAAAACAUGCGUCAGCCGACUAGACGUCGGGCCUGACGCAUUUACCUUAUCCUGGUCCGCCGAUGGGAAGGUCCUAGUCGCCGGGAGAAAGGACGACACCCUCAUACCCAUAUCCGUCGAAUCACCCUCUUCCCCAACAAUCACAGGCACAAUCAACCCCCCCAAACCCGCCAUCUACAAAACCCUCGACCCGCACCCGCAAUCCAUCCAAACCAACGCAACCACCUUCUCAAACCACAUCCCAUCCGCCGACGAUCCCAACCCAACGCGCCACCUCUUCGCCACAACCGGCGAAGGCACCGUCAAGAUAAUCUCCUACCCAUCCUUUGAAACCCUUUACACCCUGCACGCCCACACCUCCGCAUGCCUCUCCAUCGCCCUCGCCCCAACAGGCCGCUACCUCGCCAUCGGCGGCAGCGACGCCCUGAUCUCCCUCUGGGACACAACGGACUGGAUCUGCCGCCGCACGGUGUCGAGCAGCAAUGGCGGCGCGGUGCGUGGGGUGAGCUUCUCUUUUGAUGGACGGUUUAUCGUCGGCGCAUGCGAUGAGCAGGGGUGUGGCGGGAAUGGGAUUGAGAUCUUCCAUGCGGAGACGGGCGAGAGCGUGCAUACUGUUGCUACGGGCGGCAGCUCGAAUACGGGCAUUUCGGCGGUUGCGUGGCAUCCGUCGCGGUAUUGGUUGGCGUAUGCGAUUACGGCGGAUUAUUCGACGCCUGGCGGGUUGAGGAUUGUUGGCGCUGCUGGGGGUGGAGGGUUAUAA